CAAAGACUUGUCAUUUUAAUCUCGUUAACAAUGACAAACAGUCUCUAUGCUUAUCUAUUUAGUAGCUAUCUGCACAAAAUUGGGAAUUACUUUUAUUUUACAGAAUAUGAACUUCUCGCAAUUUGGGAAAUAACUAUUAUUUGUACCAGACAAAAAAAAACAAAAAAUCAUUAUAAUGAAAUCUGAUGAGAACAACAGCAUAGAUUCCAGAAAAUUUCUUAUAUUCUGGCUAAGGUAAGAAAAAUAAAUAUUAAAAAUAAUUACUGUUUAUUUCAAUUAGGUAUUAAUUUUAAAUAGUUUAUUUAAGUCGAUUGGUAAAAAAAAAAAUAUUUUUUAAAAAUAUAUCGAGCACAAACUUAAAUAAUGAAAUUAUUCAAAAAUUAUGUACUUUAAAUGUAUCUUCAAUAAAAACUUUUCUAGUAGGUAUUUUAAUUUAGUACUAAUACUCAAUAAAUUUUAUCCUUCAUAUUUAAUAGAUUUUAACACACAGUUGGUACUUUAGCGAGUUAAUUGUUUAUUUUCAAAUUCUUUUUUUUUGAACAUAUCAAAAAAAAAUAAAAAAUCAAUACUAUUGAAUAUACCUAAAACGGUGUUAUUUAGAAGUACACCAGUUUUUAAAAAGUCAAUUUUAAAAUUUUACUAAGAUAUUAUAUUGAGUUUUGUUUAAAACUAUUGUAUUUGAAAUAUGAAUACAAUGUUUAAUUAUUAAUUAACAAAUUUUCCACCAGUUUUCCACUUAAAUUUGGCGAUCUUAAAUUAAAUAUACAUAAUAUAUUGUUAUAAAAUAAUAAAUUCAUAGUAAGUAAUAGUAGUAACAUUAAUGUUAUUUCAACAAUUUUCAAUAUUGGGCUGGGAGAAAUAAACCCCCUUUUUUUCUAGGAAUCCGGUGAUAAUUGAAAUUAAAAACAUGUUGUUAAAUUACCUCUGUUUAUUUCUUAUGCUAAAAAUAAUAUCAACUAUACUUUUUUACAAUGGAAUAUUUUAAUUUAUAUAAUUCAUUAAUGGCAACACACUAAAAAUUAUGCUGUCUAUGGUAUUUAUUUAUAAGCAAUAUAAUACUAUAUUUUUAAUUAUGUCAACAAAAUAUAAUACGAUGUAUCAACACAUAUUUUUGUAAUAUUGGCCAUAGUAAAACUAAGUGACCUUAGUAAGUUAUUUCAUACUAUUGUUUUAAGUACACACAAUUUACAUUACCUUUAAAUUAUAAAUCAUUUUCAAAUGGCGUCACUCACACUACGGUAAAGUAUCAAUUAUGUUAUAAUUAACUUUAUUAUUUUAACACUUAAUUAUAUGGGUAUGCAAACCUAAAGAAAAAUAAGUCUUAAAUAAUGAGAUUACAAAUAUGAUUAAUUUUUUUUUUUUCUUCUAGUGUAUCAAUGAGUGUUAAAAAUUAUGUUUUUAUAUAUAUAUAUAUAUAUUUACAUACAUAUAUAAUUAGGUAUAGGUGAGCGCAUACUUAUUAUUAUCUCAGUUACUAUUUAAAGAAUCAACUAUAGUUAAUUAAAAGUACAAAUUACAAUAUUAACAUUAUUUAUAUACAGUAUGAGUAAUAGGGAUUUGAUAAUACUUGAUUAUACUAAAAGAUUGACAAUUAAUCUUUAUGAAACACCAUUUAUAUAACGUUUAUUAUUUAGUCAAUUACCUAACGAUGCUCCAAACAAAUGCACUUGUUUAAUGUCCAUAUGAUCUAAUAGUUGCAUGAAUCCUUCGCACCAUUCUGUCACGCUCCAGUAAGGUGGAUUUUCGGCCUGUAUAUUAAACAAAUAUUUACUAUUAUAACGUUUAAAUUUAAUUUUUACCAGACUGUAAUAACCUUUGAAAAAAAAAAAAAAAAAAAAAAAACCAACCGAUAUUACUCGAUAGCCUUUUGAACUGAGGGUUAGCAGCUGUUUAAAAAAUACUUCGGCUCGACCGCUGACCGGGUGCAAGAACACCAGGGGAGUCUCGACCGAUCGGGGACCGGUGUCGUACACUCGCCAUCCCUAGAACCAAAUUUUAACGAUAUCAGUUAUUAUACAAUGUCCCGCGGCAUUGUGAAGUCGAUACACUACGGUAAAUUAUGCGUUUCAACAUUACGGUUUUGAACAACGCGCUGGUACGGACUGUACGAAGCCGUUUUAAUCGUUUAUUGCGAAUAAUUGAUAAAUAGCUUUGCACGUUUUUGGCAGCCACAGGGCUGCAUAAACCGGCGACAGUUUUAAAAGACCGAUGUCAACCGGACGCUAAACGAAACGAUUCGGUGACACGCAACAAGCCGCAAGAGGAUACCCGAGCGCGAAACGGAUAAUCCUGUAGAAACCGGGUCGUUCAAAACCCGCGCCGCAGAAACAAACACGCUUAUUACGGUGAAAUUAAAAACGCCCACCUUGUUGGUGCCGGUUUCGUCCAAUACGAUUUGCUUUAACGGAACGUUACACCUGAAGCUGACGUACUCCGGGGAUUGGAAAAUUCGACUGGAAUAGCUCAUGGCGCCGCUCACGUCGUAGUCGGUGAGUGUGUGAACGCAGCGCAGUUUUCGGGAUCGUAUCGAUCAACAAUUAUUGUUAUCAUUACCGUUCAUUUAUCAACGGGCGUCCGGACGUAGAAAUCGAAAACAACUUGUUGCCAACGGCGCUGCAGCGGCCGGCCGAACAACAAACGGAACAAGUAACCGGAGUGCGGAACGGUUAAACGCGGUUCCCCAGUCGCGUCGGCAGUACGCUGCACGCGCUCGUUAACGAUAAACGCCACACGGGAAAAACGCUUACGAAUCGGGCGUCGCACGGAUUGCCGACAGCAGCACCGUGACCUAGCUAACCUACCUGGUGUCUACGUUUCACGAUAAACACCAUAAAUCCGGUACGGCGAACAACGGCACUUCCACUUCCACUCGUCUUAACAGAUAAGAGAAAACGUAAAUUAGGUGGUCGAGGCGCGCGGCGAUUGAUCUGUCGGUUCGCCGUCGCGGGUAAUUUUCUAUUUUUCCUCUCUUUCUCGAAACGGUUUGUACCAAAAAAAAAAAACCUCGAGACGCUUUUUUCGCCCGUUACGUUUCGGACCUAGGCGGUAGGUAAUUUCAAAGUAGUUUCCAUUGAACUCCCGGGAAAAAUCGGUGGUGGGGAAACGUAGGAAACGCGGCGAAAUUUUAGGCGGCACUAGCGGUUUUCGAUUUCGGUUUUUUUUUUUUUGUAAACUGGUCGAACGUUUUCGCGGACGGCCGACGGAAUCGCCCACCACGACCCGUGCCCGUUUUUAUUCGCCCCGACGCGCACGGUUGAACUUAAUACGCGCGCGGGCCGGCAAGCGAAAAUGACGUGUCGACGUUCAAACCGUUACGCGGGAUACGUAUACGAGGCGCACGGUCCGGGCGAAAAUUGUUGCGCGCGUAACGCGCGCCAACGAUGCGGACGCCGCCGUAAUGCGGACCCGGAUAUCCGAUAGGUAACCGUGCGCGGGCGGAUGUUUUGACGGAUUUGGUCACUGGCGGACUAAAUCCUCUGAAAAGUCCCAUCGUGUGCGAUGUUCUGACGACCCAAUCCGUCAAAGCGAAAAAUCCGUCAGGCUCGGUCCGACGGAUCGAGUCCCUCGCUGAUCCACCAACUACAUCAAUUUAGAAAGACCGGAUCUGACGGACUUUGAAAAUAAAUUGUAUUGAUAAUAAUAUUUUUCAUUUAUUAUCAUCAUACAAAAUCAUCUGUUUACUUAUCAAUGGUUCGUUAAGGUUUUUUUUUUUUUUGAUAACAAUCAUAUUUAAACAUUUCAUAAAUCCCAAUGUUCUAUGGUUGAAUUUCCUUUUUUUCAUUAUAAUAAUUAUGCAUAAUAUUUUUUUACUAAUCGUGUACAAAUAAUGAAGUGGAAUUUUAAUUCGUAAAACACUUACCCAAGGGUCGAUCAAAAUCUGGUCUUGACAUUCUCAAAUAGUAUUUUAAAUCAUUUGGUUCGUUUUUGUCCAACUCUUGUAAUAAUGGCAUAUGACUAAACACGUGCUAUCUACCGAGCCAGUUCUUUACCCACCUGACGCCUUUUUGCCUUUGAGAUAUAAUGGCACCCGACCAUCAACCCUGCAGCGGCUAUCGAUUUUUUUUUUUCCUCGGAGGCAUACGUUUAUUCAUUAUAUUAAAAUGUACGAGAAUAAAAUAAUAAAUAAUAAUAAUAAAAUGCUCUAACACAAAUUCGCAGCAUAACAAAUAACAGUCAGUAAAUAACUGAUAAUAACUGCUGUAAUCCGUCGUAUUAAUCCGCGGGUCUUUCGGGAUGUCUUGGAAAGACCGGAGGACUUGAUCCGCAGCAUAAAAAUGUACGGAUUUCCUCCACUAACCAACGGACUGAGCCCGCUGGAGGACACGGUCCGUGAAGAUGAGCGGACUUGUAUUUUUUACGUUAGUGGGCACAGCCAAAGACCUAGCCCGUCGGACCGAAUCCGCCAUAGAAUCCGCUGGUGUGUACGGCCACCUUGGUGUCGCACGGUUUUCCGUAAUAUUCGAAACGCGUAUGUAACGCAAUAACAACGCGGGCGCGUAAACGCAAUUGACAGUCGUAAUCGAUUGGCCGGCCCGCUGGGCGAUACGUACCCCGCGACGCUGAACCGUUGCCGGGACGGUGUCGUCGCCGCGUUCCGACGUUUUUUUUUUCGUUUUCCGAAACCGGGAGGAACGGAACCCGGCGUUCGCUUUCUUCUUAAAUAGGGCGCUUUCGUGAACCCCCUUCCCGGUCCUGCGUUCGGAAUGAAACGUACCGCUUCCCAGCACUGCGAAUAAACCGUAAAGCCGGGGGCGGCGGCGUUUUUUAUUUCUCCCCCCCCCCAUACCUUUCGACAACGUCGAUUAUUAACGGCAGAACGUUAACAAUCCCAAGUGAAAUACUGCGGUGGCGCGACACUUCGGGGGCACCAAACCCGGAUUCCAAUCAAGGGAACCGUCCCUAAACGCCAGCACAGUCCUGAACGCAAUCCAAGACGUCCCAUUUCUACCUUCCGUUAAAUCUCGUUUGGUUUUACGGAGACGUGGACAGUUAUAAAUCGUGUAGUUAAUUGUGAACACAAAAAUAUAACGCAACUAUUCAGAGGCGGUGUGCGACAUUUCAAUCGGCGGUUUAAGAAGUAUGAAAUACGGCACCCUACUCGCCCACUUGCACCCUACUGACCCACUUGCCCUUUGUGGUUCGAUUUAUAAUAAUGGCACUUUUUCCAAAUGAAUAUCUGUCUGGGGACGUACUUUAACGUGGUCAUUUUUUGAUUUCCUCGGUUAAUCGGAAAGGCCGGGAAAAACGGGAAAACAGGUACAAUAUUAAGCAAAUAUUAUCAAAGAAAAUAAUAUAUAAUGCUUACGAAAUCAUUUUACCAUAAUAUGACAUUCUGUGAAUUGUACAUCUGGAUUACACGAGAUAAGCAUUAAGUUGUCCAGCCCAGCUUGUCCCAUUGCAGACGGAGAUUUGUUCUGAUAAGCUUUGACUUUGAGAAACGCCGUUCAGCUGUAGCACAUGUAGGCGGUUUUGUACAAACACAUUUUGCAUGCAAUUUACAAGUCUGGAAAAGAGGAUGACAUUCCCGUUUUACGAAGAAAACAAUCAAUUUAUCAGUAUUCAGCAUUGAGAAUAUCAUAAAAAGAUGAAAAAAAAAAAUAUAUAUAUAUAUAAUAUGUUAUAUUAUAUGAUUUUUAACAUCAAUUAGUUGUAUUUAAAAAGUGCGGUAACAAUAAACCAGAGUUUCAUAUCGGUUUAAUAAACUACACCGCUAGAUAGCGUCAGCCAGUAGUUCCCACGGAUCAUUUAUAAAACAACCAUACCAGAAUUCGUUGUUUAACCAGUAUAUCUUGAACCAUGAUAAUAACAUUAUUGUCAUUAUCAAAAAUAUUAUUCGAUAAUUCGAAAUGUUAUGUUUCUGGUGAUUUCUGUCCGUUACCCUCGGUAAUUUCUGAGCAAAUGCCGGUACCGAAUUUCCGGGAACUUUAUUAAUAGUAUAUAUUUUAUUAGUUUUAUCGGGCGGCUGCGCGAUUCUUGGUACUCGAGUCGUCGGGGUUUCCAAAUACCUACCUUUUUGACACUCGUCCGUCCUAAACUUCUCUAACAUUUUAUUGGUUUCGCGUUUGGCCUUUGGCAAGUCAGCAUAUUUAAAAAAAGCAAACAGUUUUCGUGUAAACCUAACGGUACCUAUCCAUAGUAAUAUUAUAGUUGUGAUUUGUACACGAAUAAAACAUGGACGCUUUCGUAGACCUGAACAACAAGACCGCCGGCAGAGACAGAAUAGCAAGGUAUUAUUACACAUCGGGUUACAUUUAUUAGGAAGAAUAGUGGAAGAAAUGGAUGUGUGGCUGAACGAAUUUGAUUGAAACGCCGUGUGUUAUAUCAUUAAGAAUAAAAGCCAAAAGAUAAAUUUUGUAAAAUUGCCAUGACAGUGUUAGGUGUUGUUUAAAAACAAAACUAGCAGAAAUGGGAAUGCUAAAGUGGACGUAUGUUGUGCGACCAGGUUCUAUAAGAUUAGGAAUGAAUAAAUUAUUAUAGCAGGUAAUCUUGUAAUCUUAUGAUUAAAUACAUUAAAGACGAUAACCAGAUUGGAAUUUCGAGUGAAAAGAAAUUAUUAGAUAGUAGAGAAAAGAUAUUAUGGGGAUCGAAUGUAGAUAAAAGCUGGAGAAAAAAAAAAGAAGUGGCCAGAAGUUAUAAGGGUGUGUGAAGUAAAUCAAGAAAGUAACAUCAACAGAUAUGGUGAAACUAGCUAAUUCCACUUACGUGAGGAAUGAUAUUUUUAAAAUGGUAGUGUUGGUAGCUGCUGAGGAAAUAUAGGUGCACUCAGUUAUACUUGUGACUUGGACGUUAACUUUAGAUACCUAGGUUGAGAAAUAGUAAUUAAUAGGUAAUUGAUAGAAUCGUGUGAAAAGUGAGAAUUAGAGUAUCUAAACGUAAAAUAUAAAUUACAAUUAAUAUAAUAUAAUUUAUUGACAUCUUAGACAAUGGCUGACUAUGCGUGAUCAAAAAUUAUCGUGCAUCAUACAUUUGACAAUGUUUAAUGUUGUGAGGUAUUAUGUUAUUAAUGUAUGUUCGAUAUAUAUUUGUCUAGGUUUGUACAGUACGGUUCAAAAACGGCAUGGCACUAUAUGGAAAAAAAAGACUUUAAUACUGAAUCGGUUGAAAAAUUCAAAAAUCUUGAACAGUCUUUGGCGACAUUUCGUAAAUGUAAGUAUUACAUAAUUAGAUUUUUUGUUUACUUUUCAACCAGCAGUUCUGUUAUAGUUGUCAUAUAUUAUCAGUACUUAUUUAUUAAUUGUUUUUUUUUUCCAUACCGCUUAAAUCUGAAUCUGUUAUUAACUGUACCUAUUGUUUUUAAAAUUUGUUUUAGAGUUGUGAAAAUAAAUAUUUUCUAUAAAUUGUUCUGUAUGUUUAUUAUUAUUUAAUUUUACAAAUAAUAGGUAAAUAGAUUUUUGGCAUAUUUGAUAAUGAUUAAUUAAUACAUAUUAUUAUUGUUUGUUUUACAGUAUUAAGAUUUGGCCGGUUUACAGAUUCAUUGCAUGCUGCCUUGCUGACCGUUAAUCAUCCGGACAUAAUAAUCAAAUACUGUGUGACAUUUUCUAAGAUCGCCCAUUCUUUGUAUUUGUUAUGCGAUCAUUUUAUAUGGUUAAACAGAAAUAAUUUUAUACAAAUUAAUGCUAUUUCUUGGGGUCAAGUAGGUAAUAAAUAUUGGUUACUGUCCAUAGUUAUGAAUCUUGUCAGAGACACUAUGGAACUAAACAACUUGAUGAAAGCAAUUCUGAAAAAAAAAAUACUCAACACUCUGAACAGAAAUGUAACUCCCAAAGAAGUAUUCACCAAAGAAGCAGUUCACUUUGUUUCUAACCAUAAAGACUUGUUAAUUGAUACUGUAAAAAAUAGCUGUGAUUUAAUGUUACCAUUGACAAAUUUAGGGAUUAUUAAGUUAAGUCCAAGUACUAUUGGCGUUAUUGGUAUGAUAUCAUCAUUACUCAGCUUGUAUACGUUAAUGGAUAAGUCUGCCAAGUUACCCUAUUCCUGAAAAUAAUUGUUAUUUGAAUAUAUCUCUAUUAAGGAAUAGUUUGGAGUGGUUGGUUAAGUAAGAUUUAUAUACAAAUUUUAUAAAUCAAAUAUUUUUUAAUUAUCUUUUAUACUUUUAAAUUUAAAAAAAAAACUAAAACAAUCAAACUAUUUACUAUGUAUAUAGUUUUUACACAACACAAUUUUUUAUUAAAAUGUAUGUAAUACAUAAUACAUAAUUUAUUAAAUUCUGUUAAAUUUUCUGUGAAUUCAUUUUUAUAUUUAACUUCAAUAAUGUUAAGACUGUUAGAAUAGUACCUAUAGAUAUUUUGGAAUGGUUUAAGUUUUAGUUUUUAAAGUAUUUUUUCAUGGUGUUAAUACAUUUAAUAAGAUAAUUCAAUUGAUUUCUGCUAAACAUAAUUAUAAAUGUAUUAUAUUAAUCAAAUUAAAUUGACUACUAUACAGGU